AUGCCUGAGGACGCGGUCGGGAUCCUGAUCGCCGCCGCCACGACGACAUGUGCCGCGCAAAGCAACGCCGGAGCGCUUCGGGUCCUCUCGCUCCUGGCGCGCGCCGAGGCCCCGGGCGCGGACGAGGCGGCGGCGCGCGUCGCGGAGGACCACGCAGUAUUGUCUGUCGCCGCCUGGCGGGUGGCGGACGGCGGUGGCGCGGACCAGGCGGCCCUCGCGCCCAUGCUGGCGCUGCUGGCCCACCCAAUCGUCAUCGGCAGCAGCCCGCGGCACCGGGCAACCGUCGCCGCGGCGCUUGCCGAGCGCGGCGCCGCGCCGCAGCUCGUCAGGGCGCUGGCCAGCGGGGACGACGCAGUUGCCAGCCACGCGUUGACGCUGGUGUGGGUGCUGUGCAAUUCCCGCGACCACAACGCCAUCAUCGGAGCCCAGCCGGGUGUGGUCGCCGCGAUUGCAAGCCAUCUGCGGCGUGCGACAGGCGGCGGCGGCGGCGGCGACGAGCUUUCCAACACCAGGUUUAAGGCUUUCUUGUCGCUGCGGGGCCUGAUUAGGGCCGAUGCCCGCGCCGGCGACGCUUUUGCGGCGAUGGCGCUCUGGCCUUCGAGCACGGCCAUCUUGGUGGCCAUCGGGCAGCAGCUGGCGCUCCCUGCUCCCCCGUCGUAUCACAAUUUGUUGUCAGGGUGCGACGUCGAGCCGCAGCUGGCGCACGACGCGGCGUGCGCGCUCAACGCCGUCGCCCGCGCAGCCCUCCGCGACGGGCGGCUCUCGCAGCUGCAGACGGCGCGCCCCCUCGUGCACGCGGCGGCGCGAGCGCUGGUGCAGGCGUGCGCAGUCCUCAGCGACGAGAUGCGCGCGCAGCUGGCGGCCGACCCCCGCGCAGCGCCCACUCCCGGCCAGGUGGCCGGAUCGAGCAGCACCUACCUCUCUCAGACGCUCGAGUCCCUCACUAGCCUCUGCGAAGGGGGCGGCGGCCGCGACGAUGGUGUGCUCGCCGCCUGCCUCGCGCUGCUGGAAGAGGGGCACGCGCUGCUGCGGGCCCUUCAGCCGGCCGUGGUGCGCGCCGCACAGGCGCAGCGGGAGCUGGUUGACAGGGACCUGGGCGGGGCGCCGCCAGGAGCCGGCACGAAUCACAUGAGGGCUUUACUGCAGCACGACAAGCGGCUGGCCCUCCUCCUGUUGCGGCUCAAAACCCUGCUGGUGGGCUGCGGCUACUGGUGGCUUCACUUACAGCUGCAGCAGCAGGGGCGGCAGCAGGUGCAGCAGGAGCAGCGGCAGCAGCAGCAGCUGGAGCAGCCGCUGGAGCAGCAGGAGAAGCAGCAGGAGAAGCAGCAAGUGGAGCAGCAGCUGGAUCAGCAGGUGGAUCAGCAGAAGGUGCAGCGGGGGCGGCAGGUGGAGCAGGAGCAGCAGCUGGAGCAGCAGCAAGAGCAGCAGCUGGAGCAGCAGCAAGAGCAGCAGCUGGAGCAGCAACAGGAGCAGCAGCAGGAGCAGCAGCAGGAGCAGCAGCGGGAGCAGCAGCUGCCAGCUCCAGUGGAGCAGCAGCUGGAGCAGCAGCUGGAGCAGCAGCUGGAGCAGCAGCUGGAGCUGCAGCUGGAGCAACAAAUGCAGCUGGAGAAACAUCAGCAGGAGCAACAAGAGCAACAAAAGCAGCGCUCGCACACGAAGCGGUGCGCGGCGUGCGGCAAGACCGCGGCCAGCGGCGCGCGCUUGCACUCAUGCCGUGGCUGCCGCGCAGUGCGGUACUGCGGCCUUGAGUGCAUGCGCAGCGCAUGGCCGGGCCACCGGGCAGCAUGCAAGGAGCAGCAGGCAGCAGCGGCCUCAGCCGCCGCUCCGUCCGGUCUAUGA